AUGUCCCAGGGACACGCGCCGCCCCCCAACGGCUACUCAGCCUACAACGACUUAAAUUUAGCCUUUCUCUCAGAUGCCUCUGCACCCCAACACAUGAUGAUGUCCUCUGCCGUUGACGACCCCGGCCCCUAUAAUGCUAACGAAGGCAUGCGCUUUACCGAUGCUCAAUUGUUUGGCGAGUUCACAUCUGACUUGGGCAUGUCUGGUUUUGGCUCCGCCGACGCCUCCCUUGACAGUUUCAACCCCGACUUUGCCCUUGACGCCAUGCUGGGCAAUAGCCAUGCCAAUUCCGCUCUCGACCCGCCUUCCAACAAUAUACCCGGAGGAGGCCCUUCCCCCGUCGGCGGCCCUCCCCAGCCCAUGCAGCUCACUAACCCUGGCACAAGUACUCUCAACGAGUUUACGAAGCGCCGAAACUGGCCCGCCAAAAUUGUCGAAGAGCUGCGCGACUGGCUGCAUAUUCUAGACGCCAACGGCCGACUCAAGUUCGUCUCCCGCAGCGUCGCCGAGGUAGCUGGCUACGCCGAGGACGACCUGCGCGACAUCUUCCUUAAAGAUCUCAUCCACCCCGACGAUCAGGGCCUUUUCGUCGCUGAAUUCAACGAGUCAAUCGCCUCUGGCAAUCCUCUUCGCAUAUUUUAUCGCCUCAAGAAAAAGGAUGGUGUUUACGGCAUCUUCGAGGCUGUCGGCCAUGCCCACAUCGCCGCCGCCAAGUUUGCGCCCAAUCCCAGCAACCAGUCUCCUUUCUGCCAAGCUGUUUUCAUGGUCGCUCGCCCAUACCCUACGCGAAACGCCGCUCUCCUCGACUCUUUUCUCGAACACAAGAUAGAAAAUGAGCGUCUCAAGCGCCGAAUCGCGGAGCUGCAGCGCGAAGAGCAAGCAGAUGCCCACGAUGCUUGCCAGCAACUUUCCCAAGAUAUGAGCCAGUCUGCAGCUACCGUCUCCAACAUGACCUUCUCCGACUUGACUGGUUCAUCUGCCACGGCCCAGCACGGCUUUGCUAGCGCCGACACGACAAUGGCGGGUACAUCAGACAGUCUCGAGUUCAACGGCGCCCUUACCAGAGAAAAUCUCGAAGGAGCUGCCACAGCUGCUCACCGGGACUCCCUGCGCGAUAAGAUGGCCCGCUUUGAGGGAGGCUCUCACGUCGAUACGAUUGAGAUGCUCACCGGCUUGCGCUACAUGGAAGGCGAGCGCAGCCGUGGCAUUACUACUGGCAAUACCAGCCCUGCACUAAUCAAGGGCGAUGCUGGUAUUGCUAUUCCCAAGGAUCGCGAUGGUCGGCUUGGCGAGAAGAAAAAGAAGAUCAAAGUAUCUGAGGAAUAUGUGUGCACUGACUGUGGUACACUUGACUCUCCCGAAUGGCGCAAGGGGCCAAGCGGGCCCAAGACCUUGUGUAACGCAUGUGGUCUUCGCUGGGCGAAGAAGGAGAAGAAGCGUACCAAGCUAGCCGGCGCUUCUCAGCCCACACCACCGACAGAGUUUGGUGCCGGAAGCUGA